AUGGUGACACCAGACCUGUGUAUAGGUAUUACCUCAGCCCUCAUGACCUCUAAUCUGGUGGAGAUCCAUCAUGACGGUCUCUUCGUCACGGACUACUUUACGCGGACGCCGCGGAAGCUGAACCCCUUCACCUCCUUUGCCAGUGUGGAGCUCUUUCAUUUCCACAUGCCCGAAGAUACAGUGGUGGCCGUCUGGAACCUCAUCACCUUCAAGGAGCAGGGGGGCAACUUUGGGGACACCUGUCCCGACCGGGACAUCACCGUGUAUUACCGGGCUGGGGCUCCGCCGGUAAUUAACCCUCUCCACACCCGAUUCCCGCAAGAUACUGUCAUCCCCAGCUCCUUCACCGUCACCCUGACCUGGACUCUGCCCAACCGCACCACCGGGGUCUUCAACGUGAGCAGCCCCCUGCCCGGGGACUGGUUCCUGGCUGCCCACCUGCCCAAGGAUGAGGGCAAGAUCUCAGUCAAGGGCCUCUAUGAGGAAUGUCAGUACCUGUUCCAGCCACAGCUGAUUGUGCAGCGACUGAUCGGGAUUCCCGUGCUGUAUCCCGGUUACGUCAUUGACCAGUUAAUCCCCGCUCACAACCGCUCGGCUCUGUACAAGGUGUUUGUGCCCAGUUAUACCUCUGCAGUGACGGUGCAGCUGAUCGGCUGCCGGAGCAGGAACCGGACGGUGGGGGCAUGCCCCAUCUCCCUGAAGAUCCGAGCCAGAGCCCCACCUCUCCACAACUCCUCCCACGCUGACUGCUCCGCCCUCCCCACCUGCCAGCUCCACCACAGCCCCCCCCACUGGCAGCAAUGGUACUACAUCCUGGUGGAGCGCUCCCUCCCCAAUCUCCAGGUGCACUUCCGCAUUGGGGUCCACAUCAAAGACUGUUCCAAGCCGGCCAUCUCCAGGGGGAUCUCUCUCCUCAUCACCUCAACCCUCAACAUGCCUCAGUCCUUUGGCUCCCCCGGGGGUCCCUCCGUGCUCCGGAACCUUCCGGUGACGGGGAUGAACCUGAACCAGCUCAAUGUCUCGGAGGGAAGCCCCUCGCGAUCCCCCGAGGAGGAGGUUGGUCCGCGGGGAGAGGUUGCUGGGGGAGACGGGUGUUGGCCUGUCAGGCCUACCCUGAGGAACGAGCUGGACACUUUCUCCGUCCAUUUCUACAUCUUCUUUGGGCCCAACGUCUCGGUCCCUCCUGACAAACCAGCCGUGUUCCUCAUCAACCUGGUGCCUGUGCUGGACAGCGGGGGGGUGCUCAACAUGGAGAUCCGGCUCAACACAUCCUCAGUGACAGGAGACAACGUGACAGUAUUUGGUUGCCUGAACCACGGGAUGCCUUUGACAUCGACAGACAACACAUCACUCAGCUGCGCGUCAGAAUCUUCCGUGGGGUUUCUCCUCGUGGUGAACGCUACCUCCAACGUUGCCAGGCUGCGGAUCCCGUACCCCCAGACAGGAAGCUGGUACAUCAGCCUGCGUUCCCUGUGCUCCACAGACCUGGGGUUUGAGGAGUGCAGUAAUGUGAGUGCGGAGGUGAAAGUACGGAGCUUCCUGACGCCGUGUAUCAAUGAAUGUGGAGCCUACGGGCAGUGCAAACUGCUCCGCACCAACAACUACCUGUACGCAGCCUGCGAGUGUAAAGCAGGGUGGAAUGGCUGGGGUUGCACUGAUAACCUCUACGCCCUGUCCUACGGGUUCCAGUUGUUGGCCACACUCCUCCUGUGCCUCAGUAACCUCAUGUUUGUACCGCCCGUGGCCAUCGCUGUCCGCAGCCAAUACCUGCUGGAGGCCUCGGUCUACACCUUCACCAUGUUCUUCUCCACGUUUUAUCACGCGUGUGACCAGCCGGGGGUGGUGGUGCUGUGUAUUAUGGACUAUGACGUGCUGCAGUUCUGUGAUUUCCUGGGCUCCAUGAUGUCCGUCUGGGUGACCGUCAUCGCCAUGGCGAGGCUACAGCCGAUCAUCAAACAGAUCCUGUACCUCCUCGGCGCCAUGUUGCUCUCCAUGGCUUUACAGCUGGACAGACACGGGCUGUGGAACCUCCUGGGCCCCAGUCUCUUCGCCCUCGGGAUCAUGGCCAUCGCCUGGACAAUCCGCACGAUCCGCAGGCGCCGCUGUUACCCGCCCACGUGGAAGCGCUGGGUUUUCUACCUGUUUCCCGGCACGGUGAUCGCCAUGUCCGCCGUGGCUCUCUACACUUUUGUGGAGACGGAGGAGAACUAUUUCUACAUCCACAGUAUCUGGCAUAUGCUGAUCGCGGGCAGCGUGGGCUUCCUGCUGCCCCCCAGGCCCCGCCCUGGCAGAGGCCCCGCCCCCAGCUCCGUGGUUCCUCUCCAGAACAAGCGACGAGGCUGCGGGUACCAGCUGUGUGUUAACGAGCACGAGGAGAUGGGAUUGGUCGAUCCAGCCAUGGUGUCCAUCAACAGCAUCUGCAGCAGUUGAUGAUUGGCCACUAAUUGAUGAUGAGUCAACCAGUGAACUGUUGAGAUUAGCCAAUGGCUGGUUGAGUUAACCAUUGACCAGUUGACGUAACGAUGGAACAGUUGUAUUGACUUUUGGUCAAUCAACGUAAACAUUAACCGGUUGAGUUAACCAUUGGCCAGUUAAGUUAAAUAUCAGCUGGUUGAGUUAACUAUUAGCCAAUUCAGUUGAUCAUUGACCAGUUAAGUUGACCAUUGGCUGGCUGAGCUAACUCGUAGCUGCUUGAGUUGAGUUGAUCACGAACUGGUUGAGCUAACCAUUGGUUGGCUGGGCUGAUGAUUGAAUCAGGAAACAAACCAAAAUGGCCAUCGUUUGACCAAACCCAACACGUCUGGACGGAAACUGAGCUUUGACGACCAGUGAAGAGCAAACCCUGGACUUUCUAUUGCUGCACUGGACAGUCUGAGUCCAUUUGAAGGCUCCUCCUCUGACCUCACCUCCGCGCCCCCCCACAUCCCUCAGAGAAUCUCCACAGUGGGGGAGAGGGCAAAUGCUGGUCCUGAUGUUCUCUCCACUUGAUAAAUGUAAAAAGUAUUGUAUUAAAAUGCAAAAUAUAUUGCUCUCUCACUCCCCACACAC